AGGGAUGAGGGACGAGGCUCGAGGUCGCGUCGAAGCGAAGAACCGAUCGCAGCGAAGAGGUCGAGAGCAGCGAGCGAGCGAUCGACGAGAGGAGGGAGUAAUGGACACAUCGCCCUUGGUGUCGAGCCCUAGCCGUGCGCGCAAGUUGAGUUCAGGACUGAAAUCGAUCACGAUUCUUGCGGUGGCCGUGGCAGCGAUUGUGCUGAUCUCGGGAUACGCUUACAAAUCUAUGUCAGACGAUUCGGAGCCUAGCAGGCAGGUGCUGGUGGUGAACACGGCCAAUUUCAAGAAGUCGGGAGUUACCAAAGACAUUCCCUUACCUCAUCGCACCGAUAGAGGAGACGAAAUGGCGUCCACUGGUCCAAGGAAGAGUUGGCCCCACUUGGUCGGACAGAAUGCCGAAGAGGCAAAGAAGAAGAUUCAGGAAGAUCAUCCACAUCUCCAGGUGGUAAUUCUCCCUCAGGAUUCGUUUAUGACAAUGGACUACAACCUUCGAAGGGUUCGCAUCUUUAAGGAUGCCGAUCAAAAGGUUGCAAAAGUCCCCAUGCUUGGUUGAUUUGUAGGAUGGUAAUUUUGAGAUUCUCGUCAUACACGAGAGGUUUUGAGAUAUCGGGUUAUACGGUGAAUCUGCCAGUGUGCUUAGAGCGGUCAUUUAGAAGGUUCAAGAGUACUUUUUGCCCCUCAAAGAAACAUGUCGCUCACCGGGAUACUCCGAGGUUGUACAGUUUAUAAGUUCAUCUGAUCAUUUCACGGGCUUUAAGUCACAGAUAGAAACGUGGCUAGUCCCAUAGUUUGUCCUCAUAUUUUGGUGUAGAAUGUAGUGUUCUUUCACACGACACUUGUUGAAGAAUGUGAUAACGAUGUAAUUAUUGUAUUGCGGAGAACUCGAAUUUGCCUUACUAGGCAUCUCGACGGUUGAGAGCCUGACUUUUGUCGCCCUGUUGGUUCAGUCGUGACAAUACUAGUCUUCUUCAUAAAUAAAAUUGAUGGCUUAUGAAUGGG